CAGAAACAAACGACACUUUUCAUUCGCUGAGUUCCAUUUUUUCCUCCGCUUAUCUUGAACUUGAAACAUAAACAUGAACUCCAACAUAAUUCUUUCUGCAACUUUUCUCGUACUCUCCGCCAUCAUCUUCACCUUAUUCAACUCACAAAACCCUUUUUCACCAGUUCCCAUUCCUGGAUCGAAAAACAAUCUUCAUGCUGCUAAGUUACUCAACGUCACCGGAGCCGUCGGGCCGGAGAGUCUUGUUUUUGAUAGUAAUGGUGAUGGUCCGUACACCGGUGUAGCAGAUGGUAGGAUUUUGAAGUGGGAAGGUGAGGAACGUGGUUGGACUCAAUUUGCUGUCACCAGUUCCAAUAGGUCAAACUGUGUGCAUCCAUUCGCACCAGAAUUGGAGCAUGUUUGUGGGAGGCCGCUAGGACUGAAGUUUGAUAAAAAAAGUGGAGAUCUGUACAUUGCCGAUGCCUACCUUGGCCUCAAAGUAGUAGGACCUGCAGGGGGUUUGGCCACCCAGGUAGCAACAGAAGCUGAAGGCCAGCCCUUUCAUUUCACCAAUGACAUGGACAUCAGUGAAGAUGAAGAUGUGAUUUACUUCACUGAUUCAAGCACAGUCUACCGGAGAAGGCAAUUUAUGCUUGUACUUCUUAGUGGAGACAAGACUGGGAGGUUAAUGAAAUAUGAUAAGUCAACAAAAGAAGUGAAAGUCUUAUUAAGUGGCCUUGCUUUUCCCAAUGGUGUUGCUUUAAGCAAAGAUGGUUCAUUUCUUCUGGUAGCUGAAACUUCGACUUGCAAGAUUCUGAGGCUUUGGCUUCGUGGACCAAAUGCUGGCCAAGUCGAUACUUUUGCUGUUCUUCCAGGCUUUCCAGACAAUGUAAGGAGAAAUUCAGAAGGGCAAUUUUGGGUUGCUUUGCAUGCCAAAGAAACUCCUUUUGCAAAGUGGAUGUCUUCCAAUCUGUGGGCUGGUAAAGCAUUGUCAAAGCUUGGAAACUUCAAGUGGUUGCAUGCGUCGUUGGCGAUGAAGCCUCAUGCUGCAGCUAUAAAGCUGAGUGAUGAAGGGGAAAUAUUAGAAGUCCUGGAAGAUUGUGAAGGGAAGACCUUGAAGUUCAUCAGUGAAAUUGAAGAGAAAGAUGGAAAACUUUGGAUGGCAUCAGUGUUAAUGCCUUAUAUUGGUGUUUAUAAUUUAUGAGAAUGCAAUAUACUAUAUUAGUGUUUAUACUGAUGUUGCUAGCACUCAUCUUUGAACUAUCUUUAAACUUAGUAUGGAUUAAGUUAGUCUGGAUUAAGUUUUAACUUAGUAGAGUUAAUUA